UGAGGGACGUUUCUGUAAACGUAUCCAAUUGCCCCACUCCUUCCUCUUCUUCCUUACCCGUCUCUGUACCUGCUAAGACUGCAUAAGAAAGAUGGAGAUAGAUAGAUUAGAGAGAGAAAACAAUAAGAAAAUAGGUUAGAGAGAGAGAGAGAGAAAACAUAAAGACCAGAGCGGACCCUUGAGGUCUACAAGAGAGGAAAACAAAAGGGAGGAGGAGAAGAAGAAGAAGAAGAAGAAGAGAUGAAGUUCUGCGAGCUUUGCAAGGGUCUGGCUCGGACCUACUGCGAAUCGGACCAGGCCAGCUUGUGCUGGAACUGCGACGUCAAAGUCCACGGAGCCAACUUCCUGGUGGCUCGCCACUCCAGGACCGUUCUCUGCCACGCCUGCCAAUCCCCGACGCCGUGGAAGGCCUCCGGCGCCGAGCUCGGCAUCACGGUCUCCGUCUGCGAGAGCUGCGUCGUCGGCGGGAGAAAUACGGCCCAACGGGACGACGAGGAGAGCCAGGGAGGUAAUGAUGACGAGAUUGGCACCGACGACGACGACGAUCUCGAUGACGACGACGAGGAUGAGAACGAUCACGGUGGUGAAGAUCAUGAUUAUGAUGAUGAUGAUGAUGACGAGGAGGAGGAGGAAGAAGAGGUAGGUGGUGAUGACGAUGAAAACGUCGAUAACCAGGUGGUGCCGUGGACGGCGAUCUCGUCGGAGACGGCGGCGACUCCUCCGCCGGCGGCGAACUCUUCCAGUAGCGAAGAGUCCGUGAGCAGGUUCGCCAAUGGCGGUGGAGAAGUUUCUGGAGCCUUGUCGCUG